UCUCACAAGUCCCAAAUUAAAUUGGGAUAACGACUAAUUAAAAUCCCAAAUCUCCUUAAUUAACCAAAUAUAAAAUAUUAUACGUGACGGGGUCAUCACACCUUACAAUGAACCUGCAUAUGUUAUCAAAAGGUUUUGUUUGUACGCUCAAGUUAAUGUUCUACAAUACUUUCCUGAAGUUCACCUUUACGACGCUGUUCCUAAUUUUUAUAACGCAAGACAUGGUAUUCAAAGACUCAACCUCAUAGCAGCCAAGUGAAAUGGGCAUAUUGUGCAAUGAAAUUUUGGUAAUGAUUGCUGCACAUGAGCAGCAUUUCAUGUGUUAUUUACCUGUAGAAUAUUGGAAGGAUGUAUCCAAAUCCAGUUUAAGGUCCAUAAUCUGGGCUAUGCAUUUUUAUAAUUAAGUGUACCUUUUUAAAGAUUUUCAGGGCAAAGUAUUUCUAUUCUCUUGUUUACAUGGAAUUAGUUUUUUUUUUUUGUAUGCUUUUAUUUUUUACUUUGUGAUCUUCAAUACUACAUUGUUUGGGUGUUCUUGAAGUGAUGAAAGAAAAGUUGUCACUGGUUAUUGAUUCAUUACCAUUUAUCAUCUGUGCAAAAUAAAGUUGUAGUCAUCAAUGUAUUUUGGCCUUUCCCAUGUUCUCUCUUUUUUUGUACGCUUUUAAUGAUUUUGUACUCAAUCAUGUUGGUUGAUUGUGAUGAGCCCCAUAUUUUGUAGCUAUGAUGAUUUCUCGAGCUGCAAGGAUUGUGCAUAGAUAUGGGCAUUGCUGCACUUUGGCAUGCAUUGCAUUAUUGAGUCUGAUAUUUGUGUUGUUUGCUGUGUUCCCUGAGAAGAUGCCACUGGUGUUGCCGAAUAUCAGAAAAGUUCUUAAGCCAAAUGGUUAUUUGCUAUUCUGUGGCUAUGCCACUGGUGACCUCGCUCAGGUUAAUUUACAACUUAUAUUCUAUCUUUUGAAUACAUGUUUGUGUGUGUAUGUAUAUCUAUGUGCUCUUUCAUUUCAGUGGAGAAUGAGCUCUUUCAAUGGAGAAUGCGCUCUUUCAAUUCAAUGGAGAAUUAUAUAGUACAUAUUCCAGUUGCUUGAUUUUCAUUGUGAAUCCCACAGAUAACAUUCAAAUAAUUAUUAAAUUACUCCAAUGUUGUCCUAAUUUAUUAAUUGUUAUAAUUGUCUGCUACUAAAUUGUCAUAAUUGUUAUAAUUUGCCGAGUAUAAUAUACCCGAAUUAUUAAUUUUAUAAUUGUUAUAAUUUGAAAUGUCAAUUUUAUCGAGAAGUGCUAAUGGUUUUUUUUAUUAUUGUUU